GAGGUCAGCACAGGGGCCGCCAUUUUGGGUGGCGGGGCUGGGAUCGGAGUGGGGGUCUUGGGUGGUUGUGGCCCGCAGGGGGAGUUAGUGCCGCCCACGGGGUAGCGGCCCCCAUGGCCGGGCAGUUCGACUCCGAGGACCGGGCGAGCUGGUACUGGGGGAGGCUGAGCAGGGCCGAGGCGGUGUCGCUACUGCAGGGGCAGCGCCACGGGACCUUCCUAGUGAGGGACUCGGGCACCAUCCCCGGGGACUUCGUGCUGUCGGUGUCCGAGAGCUCCCGGGUCUCGCACUACAUCGUGAACAGCCUGGGGCCGGCGGGAGGCCGAAGACCUGGCGGCGAGGGCCCCGGGGCCCCAGGGUUGAAUCCCUCCAGAUUCCGAAUAGGUGACCAAGAGUUUGAUUCAUUACCAUCUUUACUGGAAUUCUACAAAAUACAUUAUUUGGACACUACAACCUUGAUAGAACCUGUUUCCAAAUCCAAGCAGAAUAGUGGAGUUAUAUUGAGGCAGGAAGAAGCUGAAUAUGUGCGAGCUCUCUUUGACUUUAAUGGAAAUGAUGAGGAAGAUCUUCCAUUUAAGAAAGGAGACAUACUGAGAAUCCGGGAUAAGCCUGAAGAGCAAUGGUGGAAUGCAGAAGACAGCGAUGGAAAGAGGGGAAUGAUACCUGUUCCUUACGUGGAGAAGUAUAGACCUUCCUCUGCUUCAGUAUCUACUCUGAUUGGAGGUAACCAGGAUAGUUCCCACCCACAGCCACUGGGAGGGCCGGAGCCAGGGCCCUAUGCCCAACCCAGCAUCAACACUCCGCUCCCUAACCUUCAGAAUGGCCCUAUUUAUGCCCGGGUUAUCCAGAAGCGAGUCCCUAAUGCCUACGACAAGACAGCCUUGGCUUUGGAGGUCGGUGAGCUGGUCAAGGUCACAAAGAUUAAUGUGAGUGGUCAAUGGGAAGGAGAGUGCAAUGGUAAACGUGGUCACUUUCCAUUCACGCAUGUCCGCCUGCUGGACCAACAGAAUCCUGAUGAGGACUUCAGCUGAGUGUGGCUCAACAGUUUUGCUUACAGAUGGGAACAGUCUGUCUGUGUUUCACUGCAGCUGCCAUUUAGACUGUGUUCCUACAGAUGUCGAAAGGAGUAUUGCUUAUACAAGCAUUCUGAUACCUGCAACCCCCUGGGACUGACCACCACCUUUCCUUAAUCAAGACUCGUGUUAUUCAGGGUACGAAACUAGAUAACCUGUGUGUCAAGUGGCAGAACUAGUACAUGACUGUAGGUUGUAAUGCCUGCACAUGUUCAUGUGUCGAGCAUACCGUACCUUACCUGCAGCAGCAGGUGGAGAAAGCAGCAAUACAUCUGUUGAUUAGAGUUUUUAGGGUUCUCCAGUCCCAUUGCUUAUGUUGCUUCUUCCACGGGCAAUGCAAAUCAACCUUAGAAAAUUCAACAUAUGGGUAGGAAUUUCACAAACAGUUAAUUCUGGAGCUUUUGCCUUUGUUUUCGUUCUAACUUUCUUUGCCCUAACAAGUCUACAUAAUGUUUUGCAUCAUGCAAAUAAUCUUUUUAGAUGUAGAACAUACAUUGGGAUAGCUUUGUGACUUACAGAUAUCUAACACUUCAAUAGUAAAUAAGAAAUCAAAUCCUCCUCCACGUCUUCAGAUGAGUUUGAGGACACUAGAGAUUGGUUUCUUCAGUACUGUUGCUUCAAACUUUGCUAGUAGCUAAUUUAACUUCAAGUUGAGAUGUUAUAUUAACGCAUCCUGAUAUUUUUUACCCACAAAUACGUGUUUUAAGGAAUUGUAGACCUCUAUACCAGUGCUGACAAAUGUGUGCAUAGCACUUUUUUCAUUAAUUCAUAGCUUCAAGGUAGUAUUUGAUUCAUAAGUGUAAUAAAAUAUGCAGCAUUGCUCUGAAAAAGUGACACAGAGCACAUUAGCCAGUUGUAAAAGAGAAAAUUAAAUUACAUUGGGACAGUUUCAUAACUCCUUUAUCCUUAGUGAAUAGUCUUAGCCAUUGGCUAGAGUAAAUCGGUGUCAAAUCUCUUGAACUAACAAAACUAAACAUUACCUUUAUUUUAAAAUAACUUUUGGGACUGCUCUGCUUGUUUCCAUCUGUAAAGCAUUUGAUAGUGAAUUCAUGAGAAGAUUUUAUUUGUAAUAAACUAAUAGAAAUACUUGUGUGCUUCUGGACUGAUUAUAAAAGGCAUAAUAGAGUAUACUACUACAUAGCAGAUGAUAAAAAUCAGUGCAUUGGCUAGGUUAUAUUAUGCACUACUUGAAUGUUCAACUUUUUCUACUAAUCCUUAUCUGAUUUUCUUUAACAUUAAAAUCAGAAUGGAUACAGUAAGGUUUGUAAAUUAAAACAGUGAGGUAACUAUCCCUUGACUGUAUCUUAAAUUCAGUUCUCCAAAUACAGCAAUCUUGUGACCAGUAUAUUCAAAGUUAUUUUGUAUCGUUUGUGGCUACAUUGUAAACAGGACUUUUCUAAAUGGUAUAAAAUUGAAACACCUUGGACAUGUACAAGUAGUUAAAUACCUCUAGAAUGUCUCUGAACAGUUGUAAAUGCUUCAAGGGCUAGUUUCCACCACAGAGGCUAUUGCUGAGAGGCAUGGUUCCCAUAAAAUAGAAUAUUAUUAAGUUUUACCUCAAAACUAUUACAUACUGGAAACAGUAAUACUUUUCCUUUAUCGGUUACAUAGUUGCUUUAUGUUAGAACUAAUUGAUCAGUAUGUCUGUUCAAUUUUCAGGUAGUGGGGAUAGAUUACCAUAGAGAAAUCCUAACAAUGAUUUUUUUAAAAAAGUACUACUAAACUCUCUGUAGAAAACUUAACAACUCAUCUAUUUUUGUUCUAAUUACUUGACAGACAGAAGUAAUUAAGUGACUGCAUUUCUAAUCUAAUUUGACUUGAUACUGUGCUUCUAAGUUAGUGCUGAAUGUGCUUAAAAAUGCUUAAAGAUAAACUAAUAAUGGGCUGGUAAAAUGUUAGUUUCUUUACAAUUUCAUACUUUUUUCCCGGACCUUGCUACCUACAGGAAUUGAAUACUUGAUACAAGCAGUCUCUAAAUACGAUAUCUAUUCAUAUAGAUUAAUUGCUGAUAGAUGCAUAUAUUUUUCUUCACAUAUCACAAAAGAAGCAUAAAUAAAGGAGAGACGUGUUCAAUAUUCUCAGUAAGGCAAUACAAUUUAGUCAACUUCAGCUGAUUCUUCUAAUCAUAAUUAAAUCAUCCUGCAUAUCCAUAGUCAUGUCUACAAGAUUCCAUUCCCCAACUUUUGUAGGUAAGGUUCCUUUAAGAAAAUGUGGUUUUUGGUAUGCAGGUUAUUUUUUAAUAUGGAGGGGAUAUAAGGAAAUUUUAAUUGCUAAAUAAAUGCCCUAUACACUCAUUUAAACUAAAAAUACAGAUGUAUUAUUAUGUAGCUGUGUUUUUGUGAAGACCAUAUAAUUGCAAAUACUUUACUUUUAUUAUAGACUUUGACAGAGCAGAAAAACGAUCAUCCCUACAGAAGUCUUAAUACCUACUGUUAUUCUAGAAGCAUAAAUUCUUGUGAAACAGAUUUUCUCAGCCCCCACUAUACUAAUUACUAAAUUUUCAGAUGAAAUAUGUUUGUUCAUCAGAUACAGGCCUACAGGAUAUGACGGCAUUUGUACAAGAUACUGAUUCAACCUAUCUCAUCAGUGUCUUAAAGCAGGAUAGAUAAAACUAAAUAAUUCAUAAAUAUGUAGAUGGAAUAGUCUUGUGGUCUUUGUUCCCUCUUUUGCACACCCCCUACCCUCCAAAAACCCAAACUCAUUAGUAAGAAUGUUAGAAGUCAUACAAGUUUUAGUUUUCUCUGUCAGUGUUUGGGUUUAUUGUGCAUCGGCAGGUGCUAGAACGAGAAUACUAAUGGUUUCUAGAAAUACACCAUGAAAAGUAGUACACUCAACUACACCGUGUUCUCCUAGUGCAUUUACAUGUUAUAUCACACUAAACAAAGUACAACUUGGCUGCUAUGUUUUUUUUAAUGUAUAUUUCAUUUCUGUAAAACCCAGACUUUUAUACUAAUAUGACCUGGUUAAUCUGUUUCAAUUGUAUUUGUUAAUGCAAAUAUUUCUAAUCAUUUGAGUAAAAACACUUCAUGUUCUUAAUGGUUUUGGGGGAAAGAUGCUAAACAAACCAAUUUGAAGUAAAAAUAUAUGAACGUGCCAUUGUAUUAUAACACUAUACACUUUCUUGACAGUUAAAAUCUACUUUUUUAUUUUUUGUAGCAUGUAAUGUAUAUGUUCAUAGUAUGUGAAAUAAAUAAAAAAUAUAGUCAAAAAAUUGGGUUGUUAUAAUUUUGGAGCAGCUGUCUUUGGAAGUUUUUCAUUUAUUUUCUAAUGGUGUAAAUAUAAAUUUGCAAGGGCACAAUAUGAUUCUCUCUACAGUAAUGGUUUACUCAGUUAUGUCCUCACCCAAAAGAGGCUAUUAAACAUUACAUUUGGGAGAAGCUGAUAAAUGUCAGCUUUGAGUAAACUUAACCAAAAAGAAAAGUAAUACUUAAGCCUCUGAAAAAAAGGUGAUUGAUUCAUUUAAAAACCCCUGAAUGUAGUCUUAACUCUUAUUGAAAAAUAUUAAUGCUUAUUUUCCAUGCAGAAAUUAAAAUCACAUAUAAAAUUUCGCUCAUAAUAAAAAAAAACUUUUACAAUUCUUAGAUAUAAUAUUCUAGCAAUAAUUCUCAGUCUUGCAAAUAAAUAAUUUAGCAAUCUAAAUAGGAUCACUAGGAAAAUUCAGACCCUUUAAUUUACUUUUAGAAAUUAUGAAACAAAUAUAGGCAGUACAGUGUAGUCCUUGUUUUUUUGCAUAUUAAAUUUAAUUCUACCUUGGUCCCACGCUUUCAUCUUCAGACUUUUAAAACUAUCAUAAAGUUGUAUGGAGAAUCUGGGUAAAGGACAAUGGCGGAUUAUGGAAUAAGUUUUAGCUGAAUGUUUCUACUAGAAUGAUCGUCAAUUAAACAAAUUUUACAAUAUUCACAUUUA